AUGCCUACAGACCGCGACCCAGACGAUAAGAACAAGACCUCAAACAAUUCUGAUAUGCCAAGAAAUCACAACAACGACUGGGACAACGAGACUAACCCAUUUGUCGCGUUCCGGCGCUUCGCUGAUGAACAAGUCUCUUCUGUGUUACAGUCAAUCACUGGCCUACCCUCCUCCAUUACCCCUCCUCAAUCAGAUAACUGGACCAUAUUCACCACCGACAAAGGUUACAAAAGCAUGGCGUAUCGCGACUAUUCUGGCGCAAACGCCAACAGCGCAGCCGAACGUGACCCCGCUCGACACCGAAGUACCGAUAAUAGCGCCAACAAUAACGCUUCUGGAGAUGGAGGCAGCAACCCCGACCAGAACCAAAACAAUGGAUCCAACAUGACGCAUCAAUCAUCAUACCUUCCUGAUGAUAAUGAUCGAUCCUCACAACCCCAUGAUCACUGGCACAACCAUCACCGCCCCUGCGGUUUCUUUGGAUCUGAUUCCUUUUUCGACCGCUUCGAAGGUCCUUUCUUUCAUUUCGCGUCCGCAUUUUUCCACCACCAUCCAUUUUUCUCAGGCAUGUUUGGUGAUAGCCACGAGCCUGGCGCGCCUGCCUGGCCGCUCCCUUACAUCAUGCUAAGCCCCUACUCGCCUCUUCAUCUUGAACGUCAGUCGCAACGCGAGAAAGGUGUAUUCUCUUCCAUCAUGUCAUCUUUCCGGGUCGGCUCUGAACCUGACUCCACCUAUCAUUCCACAGAGCCACAGUGGCGAGAGGCAUUUGAAGAUCUGCUCCGCUUGGAAAAUGGGAAGCCCAUGCUGGAUCAUACUUCCUUGACACAGAAGAAGGGCAGAAAGGAGAAUGGGAUGGAGUGGCUAUAUGGACUCGUCAAACGUGGUACUCUGGGUGAUCAGUGGAAAUUUGUCCCUGGUAGCAGACACCACCCUUGGUCUGGUAUCACCUUCGACAAAUACAAUGAGGAGGAUCAUGAUGUAUCCAAGGCAAAGAAUGAAGCGAUCGAAAAGCCUCCACUUGCGCACGAUGAACAUCAAGCAGGAACUGAGUUGGAAUUGUAUGAGCGUUUCCUCCAAGAUAUUGAGACUCGCGAACGUGAAUUCUCUCGGGAGAUUUCCUCAAGUCCUCUUCUUCAAGCAUUGAUGGAGGAACGACAGCGACGACAUGAGGUCUUUGAGAAACUCGAGCGUGGCUGGGCAACUUCAGACGACAAACAAGGCAAUGAUGAUACGGAGAACUGGCUGGAUCUAGUCUCAGGUGGGAACCGCAAGUCUGUCCCCGAGACACAUGAUUCGGUAGUUCCAACUCCUACUGUUGCGGCCGAAAAUAAACAGAUCAAGCCUGAAUCUACAAACGUGACUCCACGAGUCAUUUCAACUAUGAUUAGCACUGAAAGGACACGUCUCCCUGAUGGCUCGGUUCAGACCAAGAAGGUUCAAACAAAGCGGUUUGAGGAUGGUCGAGAAGAGACUGAAUUGUUUGUUGAGACCUCUCACCCACAUAAUGACGAUGGCAAUUCUGGGGAACAGGGUUCGCAGCCUAAAAAUGGUUGGUUCUGGCGAGACUAA